AGACUUUAUAGCUCCGACAUUCAGUCAUAACGAAGAAUCGAACCGGAAUACAACUCACAACACACAAAUCUACUUUGCCGGCCGGUUUAAUACAAGUGAAUAAUCGCAGCGAUAAAAACAAAAACACAAUAUAAAUUUGUCUGUCUAGUCAUACAUAUGGUGUGGUGUUAAUAACCGCAGAGCAUUUGAAAAAGGUCACGUUUUGGUGGAUCACCGUUAGGCGGGUGGUGGCGCACGAUAUACGGUGGCCAAAACAAUGGCUUGGUUUGGGUGUUUUUCGAAAAAGGGCUCCCAAGAUGAGCCCUACACCAUACAAACGAAUAACAGUCAGGCUGGUGCACUAGAAUUAACCCCCUUUGAAAUAAAUCAAAAUGAAGCCAAACUCGAAGAAAUGCAACCGCUGACACAUACCGAAGUCAAGACCAAAAAAAGCGGAAACACGGUUACAGUAAUACGUACAACUCGUACCCAAAUGGUGAAAACUCAAAAAACAAACCAAAAUUCUAGCACGGCUCAUAGUUCUAGAGAACUUCCGUCGAGUGGAUUGCAAUCACAUGCCAAACUAGUAACGACCAAAAAUGUAUCUGAGGAAUCUGAACCUUUGACUGUAACCAAAGUGAAGAGAAGCAAAAGCGGAAAUACCGUAACUAUAGUGAAAACUACACGAUCCAGGGCUGUAAAUGCACAAAACUCAGCAAUCGUUAUUGAAAGGAAUCUGAAUGAACCAAUGCAUCAAGAACGGGUAUAUAAAACCACUACAGAGGUUAAAAUUCCUGAAAAGCGAACGCGUUUCAAUUUAAAGUCUGUGCUGUGGCGAAGAGCCAAAACGGACGUUAAAACUUCAGAGGAAGACAUUGAAAGCUUGCAGGGACGAUGUCUACUAUCACAUAAUCAAUUUCGAGAAUUGCAUGGAGUAAAACCUUUGACCUUGAACAAGGAAAUGUGUGAUUUUGCUAUGGAAUGGGCUCAACACUUGGCCAAAAAGAAUAAACUAAAGCAUCGCAAAAAGAAUAAGUACGGAGAAAAUCUUGCCCUUGGCACAGGAUCAAGCUAUAAUGUGGAAGAUGCUGUUCAGUCAUGGUACGAUGAAAUGGAAAAUUAUGAUUAUAAAAAACCUGGAUUCUCCGCUCAAACUGGUCACUUUACGCAAGUGGUAUGGCAGCAAAGUUCACAAAUCGGUGUAGGUGUUGCUCAGAAAAACGAUUGCACUUGGGUUGUCUGCAACUAUGAUCCCCCUGGCAAUGUUUUGGGCCACUAUGAAGAAAAUGUUCAACGCCCCAAGGGUAGAAAACCUAAAAGUCAGCCUUUGACUGUAGUAGGUAAAGCCAAAAAGGAAAGUGUCCAGGAUGACCCCAAACCCAGUACUUCGGCAUCGUUUAUAAAGAUGGGUAGCAAAAAGGGGAAAUGGUCAGCCUUCGAAAUGGAAUGUCUAGAAGCACACAACAAACGUCGAGCUUUACAUGGCUGUGCCCCAUUGACACUGAAUAAGGAUCUAUGCUCUUUGGCCACCGAUUGGGCUAAGCACUUGGCCAAAAUUCGUACCAUGCAUCAUCGUCCUCAUAAUGAUUACGGGGAGAAUCUCUAUCAGCUUACAAAUAGAGAUCCCACAGCCGAAGAUGCGGUCAAGGCAUGGUAUAAUGAGAUCAGUCUGUAUAAAUACAGUAAACCCAGCUUUAGUAUGGCCACAGGACAUUUUACCCAAGUUGUGUGGUUGGACACCACAGAAUUGGGUGUGGGAAAAGCCAAAGUUGACAAUAUGACAUUUGUCGUUUGUAAUUACAAUCCUCCGGGUAAUGUAAUGGGUCAAUAUAAAAGCCAGGUUCCACCCUUGGGAGGUUUCAAAGAGAAUGGAAGACUCAAUACAUCCAAAGACCGGUCGAAUGACAACAACAAUCAAGCAUCGCCAAACGAACAUUCCUCGCAGAAUAGAAAAUCGAGUUUCUUUUCCAUCUUUAGAAGAUCAAGCAAAGCCAAAUAGUCGAGAAGAGUAUUCCAUAAAUAUAAACAUAUGCACUUUCUUUUAUACCACAAAGCAACAAAGUACUGAACGUAAAAGUAUUUUUAGUUUGUAAUUUUUCUAGAAUAUAUUUAAUAACGAACUUAGUCAUUCCCAACAUGUAUACAUACACACAAACGAAGGUUUUUUUCUAUUGUUAUUCUUACCUUUACACAAACUAUUGGAUUGCCCUAAAAGUAAUUGCGGAUUUUUCAUAUAGUCGGCGUUGACAAAUUUUUUCACAGCUUGUGACUCUGAAAUUGCAUUCUUUCUUCUGUCAGUUAUCAGCUGUUACUUUUAGUUUCCUUUGAAAAAAAGUGUAAAAAAAGUAUAUUGAUUAAAGUUCAUUCUAAGUUUUAUUGAAAAUGCAUUUACUUUCUUUUAAAAAAUCCGCAAUUACUUUUUGGGCAACCCAAUAUUUGUUUCAUAUACAAAUAAAUCAUUAUUAUGCAACUUUAAA